ACAUCUGAUUCAAAAGAAAGGAUCAAGUUGUUAGGUAAAAUGUCCGUGAAUAAUUCCGUGAUUAUUCACCUCGUUCGCCACGCCCAAGGCCCUCACAAUGUUGUGGAAUGGGGUGCAAGAUUUCGUGAUCCGUUUCUCACCGCGGAAGGGUUACAACAAUGUGCACGAGUACAACAGAGGUUCUCUAAUAUCCUCAGCGGCAUUAUUUCAUCGCCACAAAGACGAACCAUCCAAACCGCUCUGGUCUGUUUCCCAUUCGCCAUCGGCGAUGGAUUACAGAUUUACUUGCUUGCAGAUCUGCAGGAGGUUGGCGACGCUCCAGUUUGUGUCGGAAUGGACAUAGCCACGAUCCAAAAUGAUUUUGGGCCUGUGGUUAACGUAGAUUAUCUCGACGAGAAUUGGAACCAAACCCCAUUGGCACUGUCGUUUCACCCCCAGGACGUUAUGGAGCGUGCCCGGCGCGCCAGAGUUGCAAUUCGAGAAUUUGCCCGGGCCGUGAUCGACAACGGACAGGGCACAUAUGAUAACGGAUCUAUACAUCUCGCUGUUGUAACCCACUCGUUACUGAUACCAUUUCUAACUAACGAACUCGAGAAUAUAACGUAUUUCGCCAAUGCGGAAUGCAGAUCGUACAUGUUCACUGAUAUAAGAGGGACAGAUGACCAAGCUACGAUUGUGGAAACUCAGGAGAGUAUCGACCGGCGUCCAAGACCUAGGCCAGCUCCUCCGACUCCGGCUCCUAGACCUGCACCUGCACCCGCACCCGCUCCGGAACCUGGUUCGUAAUCCGACGCCGGAAACUAUUUUCAAUACCCUUAAGUCUAAUUCGGGAAAUCUUGUUAAAUGUACUCAGCGAGGGCGUUAGUACAGUGGUCCCUUCCAUAUCCCAAGCCGGAGUUGAAAUAAAAAGAGGGCGGGGCUUGAAUAGAUGCCUAUAAAUAGAGAUAUUAGCGAGCGAAAUCCUUCGUAGGGGCUUGGCUACUCCAUGGUACCUGCGUCAGGUUGCUAGAUGAGAUACUAUAUCUACGAUAGAGGGUACUUUCAGCAUGUG